AAAAUACUCUCUAUUUACAUAGACCUACCAUUGCUUAGAAGAAAUCCAUGGGAAAAACCUCAGAAAUGCAGCAGCAAGAGCUCGAUAUCUCUUGGCCUCGCAUAUUCUUAAUUGCUUUGUUUACAAUUCUCAGAGCAACCCAAAAUGCGUAUACGUGCACGGAGUCCGAAUGCGGCAAUCAUGGCAAGGCUAUCCAUUUCCCGUUUCACCGCAGACAUCACUGUGGUCGGCCAACUGAUUGCCAUGCGAAUGAGGGUGACGGCGGACAGGAGCACCGAGUGGUAGUGAUGAAAUUCUUGGUGAAACGCAUAGAUUACAAAAAUCAGGAAGUCCAAGUCCAUAAACCGUAUAAUUGCCUGCUACUAAAGCCUUUAGAAGUUGACAACAUCAACAUGCCAUUGACAGCCUCUCAAUUCUACUUCCUCCCCUUUUUUACCAGAAACUAUACCUUAUUCCACUGUCCUGUUGAAAGAGAAUUAGACACACCAGUUCCCUGCAUAGGUGGCCCUGGCUACAGAGUGUAUGCCCUUUCAUCUGACUAUUUUCUUUGGGACUCGCUGGCCCUCGAGUCCUGUACAAAGAUGUACGAUGUUUUGUCGGUUCCAAGUGCGGGCGCGAAUGGUGAUCCUCUUUUCAAAUGGGAUAAACCAAAUUGUGCAGAAUGUGAAGCGGAAGGCAACAGUUGUAGAAUUGUACGCCGCCGGGUACGCAGAAAUUGAAUGCGUUUACUUGAAGAAAGCCAGUGCAACAAGAAAAUUAGUGGCAACAUGUGCAUCCCUGGGAUCAUUUGCUGUAUUAGUACUGGUUGUUGCAGCCUAUCGUGUCUAUAGUUCUAAUCGAAAAGAAAAGGAGAGCCAAUUAAAGAUUGACAAGUUUUUAGAAGAUUACAAAGCUCACAAACCAAGCAGGUAUUCCUACGCGGACAUUAAGAGGAUCACAAACCAAUUCCAGGACAAGUUAGGCCAAGGAGCCUAUGGAACUGUUUUCAAAGGAAAGCUUUCUUCUGAAUGCUUUGUCGCUGUAAAAGUUCUCAAUAGUUCCAACAGAAACGGGGAAGAUUUCAUAAAGGAAGUUGGAAUGAUGGGACGUAUCCACCAUGUCAACGUGGUUCGUUUGGUUAGUUUCUGUGCUGAUCGAUUUAACGGAGCUCUCGUUUAUGAGUUCUUCGCCAAUGGUUCACUGCACUAUUUCAUUUCAUCGGCAGACAAUAACAAUCGUUUUCUUGGUUGGGACAAGUUGCAAGAUAUUGCUCUUGCUGUAGCCAAGGGAAUUUAUUAUCUUCAUCAGGAAUGUGAUCAACGAAUCCUCCAUUUCGACAUCAAGCCUCAUAAUGUUUUAUUAGACGACAAUUUCACUCCAAAAAUUUCUGAUUUUGGUUUGGCCAAGUUGUGUUCUAAGGAUCAAAGCAUAGUGUCCAUGACUAUAGCUAGAGGGACUAUGGGCUACAUUGCACCUGAAGUGUUCUCCAGGAACUUCGGAAAUGUGUCCUAUAAGUCGGACGUCUAUAGUUUUGGAAUGCUGCUGCUUGAGAUGGUAGGGGGAAGGAAGAAUAUUGAUCCAACCUCAGCAAUCCCAACUGAAAUUUACUAUCCAGAAUGGAUCUAUAAUCUUCUAGAAGAAGGAGAGGACCUAAGAAUCCAUCUCGGGGAGGAUGGAGAUGGUAAAACUCCAAAGAAACUCGCAAUUGUAGGGCUCUGGUGCAUCCAGUGGCAGCCAGCGGGUCGUCCUUCCAUGAAAGAAGUUGUUCAAAUGCUGGAAGGAGGAGAAAUCUUAACCAUGCCUCCCAAUCCUUUUGCAUCUACAGGUCCUGCACGAACAAAUGCAACUACACCUGCAAGAAAUCUAAAAAUUCAGUUAGAAGCUAUUGCUGAAUUAGAGUAACAUAUCUAAUUAGAUAUAUAGACAGAUAUGUGCGCGCACACUUAUGUAUGUAAAUAAGAACUCAUGAGAAGUGUACCCAUUGUACCUAAGUACCAUCAUGUACUCGAUAGCUUGAGGUGUUUGUAUGACUACGUCAGUACAGUCCAGGUACGUUGGAAUGGGUUGGAUUGCUUGGUUUUUUCACUUGAAA